CCUCUCUAUUAUAAUCUGAUCGACUUGAUUCUAUUGUUUGAGAAAUGAUAGGAUCAAUAUCUUAAUAUCUUUCGUGAUUUUAUCAUUUUAAUACCCUAUUUAAUAUCUUAAUGAAUAUCUUUCGUGAUUUUAUCAUUUUAAUAAUUUGUACUAUUUUUCUCCUCUAUUUGAAACAUAUAUGUAUCCUUGGGUACUGGGUAAGCACUAGCAGAAAAGCGCAUGGUGUAAAAUUCUGGAAAUUGAUUUUCCUGUGUUUAAGGCGGUAAUGUAAAUAUGAUUCUCUGGUGGCAUGGAAUCAAUUUGAGGGAAACUUUUGGCUCCAUUUCCAAGUGGUGAAUUCAAUGAUGAGAAGACGAAUCCACAGUCAUCUCCAGCCACAAUGGCUCGUCCUCCGAAGAUUCUCUCUGUGGUCGAUGAAGAAGGAAGCAGAGUUAGAAUCGGCACUAUCACGCAAUCGGCGAUGGGUGGUGAAUAACCAGAUCAAGAACAUCAUCCUCCGCUACCCUAACAACGAAAUCCCCAUCGCAACCCUCCAGAAGAAAUUCAAAACCCUAGAUCUCCAAGGCAAAGCCCUCAACUGGCUCUCCAAGUACCCUUGCUGCUUCCAAAUCCACGAUCACCGCUGCCGCCUCACCAAACGCAUGAUGAACCUCGUCGCAGAGGAACAAUCCCUCAUCGAUGCCCAGGAACCCUUCUUCGUUCGCCGCUUGGCCAAACUCCUCAUGCUAACCCUCCGCAAGAGACUCACCGUCCUCAAAAUCAACGAAUUCAAACGCACUUUCGGCUUCCCCGACGAUUACCUAAUCAGAAUCGUCCCUAAGUACCCUAAUUUGUUCCGAAUCGUCAACGAGACCGGCAGGAGGAGCUCCAUGGCCGUUGAAUUGCUCCACUGGGACCCUGACCUCGCUGUCUCCGCCGUCGAAGCUGCCGCGCGGAAGCUCGGCACGCCGCCGCGCUUUUCGUGCUCUUUGCCGUCCUCUUGGGUGAAGUCCUGGGAGAGGUUUCGCGAAUUUGAUGAAAUUCCGUACUUUUCGCCGUAUUGGGAUCCGGGAGGUUUGGGGGAGGGCUCCAGGGAGAUGGAGAAAAGGAAUGUUGGUUUGGUGCAUGAGUUGUUGUCGUUGACUCUCUGGAAGAAGGCUUCCAUUGUGAAGUUAGGUCAUUUUAGGAGGGAGUUUGUUUUGCCUGAUAGGUUGAAUGUGUUGUUGCUCAAGCACCCUGGGAUUUUCUAUGUUUCCAAUAAGUAUCAGAUUUACACUGUUGUUCUUAGAGAGGCCUAUGUUGGGUCUCAGCUUGUGGAUAAGGAUCCUUUGGUGGUUGUGAAGGAGAAGUUUGGGGAGAUGAUGCAGGAGGGGCUUCAUGAGUACAAUCAGAGGCGGCGCCUCCUCAAUGUGGAGAAGAGGAGGAAGAAUGGGGUUCCUUUGGUUAGUGUAGAUGGUGAGAAGAAGGCUAGAAGGAGAAGAAGCCGUGAAGUUUCUGAUGAUGAUGAUGAUGAUGAUGUUGAUGGUCGUGGUGGUGGUGGAUGUGGGGGAGAUAGUAAGGCGGGAGGGUUGUUUGACCCCGAAGAAAGAAAACGGUUUUAUAGAGUUCUUUUCGAUGAGGAUGCUUCUUGAAAUUCCACCUAGGUGUGUAGAUUGUGUUUUUGAUUUGCGUAGUUUAGAUGUCAACUCUGCCUUCCCCGUCUCCGAAGGAUGAUUGCUUAAGAACUGGGCUUGUCUAUAUUACUUAUUUAUUAAUUUGUUACGUGUUGGAGGUUUAGAUGUUAGGGUCGGAUUAGUGGGUGCAAUCCAAGGUUUUGGGCGGGGAUAUAUUUACCUGGUGACUGUCACUUUGUUUUGGCUCUUCAUCUAAUCUAAUUCUAUGAAAGACAGGACAACGAUGAUCUGUUUAUGAGCAAUUUCUCGUAUGAUGAACUUAUGAAAGGAUCUAGUCUUGAGCUGAAUUCUUUCUUUCCCGUGUUAGUUUCUCAUUGCAAGAACUGUUAACUUCAA